AUGUUAGGGAAUAAGAACCAUCAGCCUGGCCCAGUGUCAGGGAAUAAGAACCCUCAGCCUGUUCCAGUGUCAGGGAAUAAAAACCCUCAGCCUGUUCCAGUGUCAGGGAAUGAGAACCCUCAGCCUGGUCCAGUGUCAGGGAAUGAGAACCCUCAGCCUGGUCCAGUGUCAGGGAAUAAGAACACUCAGCCUGGUCCAGUGUCAGGGAAUAAGAACCCUCAGCCUGGUCCAGUGUCAGGGAAUAAGAACCCUCAGCCUGGUCCAGAGUCAGGGAAUAAGAACCCUCAGCCUGGUCCAGUGUCAGAGAAUAAGAACCCUCAGCCUGGUCCAGUGUCAGGGAAUGAGAACCCUCAGCCAGGUCCAGUGUCAGGGAAUAAGAACCCUCAGCCUGUUCCAGAGUCAGGGAAUGAGAACCCUCAGCCUGGUCCAGUGUCAGGGAAUAAGAACCCUCAGCCUGGUCCAGUGUCAGGGAAUAAGAACCCUCAGCCUGGUCCAGUGUCAGGGAAUAAGAACCCUCAGCCUGGCCCAGUGUCAGGGAAUAAGAACCCUCAGCUUGGUACAGUGUCAGGGAAUAAGAACCCUCAGCCUGUUCCAGUGUCAGGGAAUAAGAACCCUCAGCCUGUUCCAGUGUCAGGGAAUGAGAACCCUCAGCCUGGUCCAGUGUCAGGGAAUAAGAACCCUCAGCCUGUUCCAGUGUCAGGGAAUAAGAACCCUCAGCCUGGCCCAGUGUCAGGGAAUAAGAACCCUCAGCCUGUUCCAGUGUCAGGGAAUAAGAACUCUCAGCCUGUUCCAGUGUCAGGGAAUAAGAACCCUCAGUCUGGUCCAGUGUCAGGGAAUAAGAACCCUCAGCCUGGUACAGUGUCAGGGAAUAAGAACCCUCAGCCUGUUCCAGUGUCAGGGAAUAAGAACCCUCAGCCUGUUCCAGUGUCAGGGAAUAAGAACCCUCAGCCUGGUCCAGUGUCAGGGAAUAAGAACCCUCAGCCUGGUCCAGUGUCAGGGAAUAAGGACUCAGAUGGAGAGUUUAACACUCUUUGA